GAUCAUCCUGCGAAAUAAAUGAUGUUGAUGGGUAACAACAUGAUUUUGGUCUCCACGUGUACAGGGAGAGUGUGUCCACUGCUUCCCACUGCUACCUGACACUAGCUGCAAUCAACGCUGUCGAAGAUGAGAGCAUUCGCACCACUGGCAGGUGUAUUGCUUGCCGCGCUCUCCAGUGCUCAGGUGCUUGUCGAUUUCCAAGUCGCUGAACCGCCUCCGGUUCCAAACGGUGGGCAACAAUGCACGAUGAUGAUUCUGGAGCGCACAUUUGGGAACUCAUACGGAGAUCCAGAGAUCGUCGAGUACACUCCGCCGACUGAUUGCGGGGCGGUCGGUUCCUGGGCAGCAGUAACACUCAACUUCACAGUGACAUCAAACGGGACCCAGUAUGACCGCCUUGGAAUCUUCACGUUCCAGAACACGGAAAUUUGGCGCACUUCAACUCCAGAGCCGACCGAAAAUGGUAUCAUUUGGACUUACACGAAAGAUGUCACUCGCUACAUCCCCUUGUUCGACAAGCCCGGAACUUUUAUUCUCGAGCUUGACAACGUCGUCACCUCCACUGACACUGGGCAGUAUGCGACUACACUUUAUGCAACUUUCUAUGCAUCGUCCGGGGAAUACCCUACUGCUGGACAAUCUAACAUGAUUGUACCGAUAUCGACGAUGCUAAACAACACUGGCAACGAGGCUUCAGUCCCACCAGCAUUUUCUCUCAACGUGACGCUCCCGCAAAACACUGUUGAAAUCUACGCCGAGCUCUAUGCGUCCGGCAAUGGAGACGAGGAAUUCUGGUACUACAACGCAGCCGACGAAUAUCUCGGUUAUCUUCCGCCUGGCACAACAUACGGUGGAGGCCCUUUCCGUGAGGUUCGUCUCCUUGUGGAUGGCCAAGUUGCUGGUGUAGCCUUUCCGUAUGCUGUCAUUUUCACUGGCGGCAUAAAUCCCGGAGUUUGGAGGCCCAUCACAUCAUAUGGUGCAAUCGAUCUUCCUACCUACUUUCUUGAUCUCACACCAUUUGCACCGGUGUUCGCCGACGGCCUCCCACAUAAUGUAACUUUGGACGUCGCCUCCGCUGAAACAAAUCACACUCUCAACCAGAACUGGUAUGUUUCUGGACUCUUGCAGGUUGUCACGGACCCGUCGGGCAAACAAACGACGGGCAGCAUCACGACAUAUGAUGUUCAACCCUAUGCAAUAACGGAGACAACAGCGAGCAUCGGUGGCACAGAUAUCAAUAUCACGGUCAAUGCUCAGAGGUCCCUCAAAAUCGAGUCCACCAUUGUCAGCGGUAGUGGGACGACAAACAAUGUCGUUUUCCAACAGAGCAUGGACUUCACAAACACGCAAUAUUACCUCGACGACGCUAAUAUUCAGAACGUCGCGCAGAUAUCCUCCGGCUCAGUCAUCUCAACUCACAAUGGAGUCUCAGUUCUUACUGACAACUUUAACUAUCCCCUGUACAUCAACGUGACAGCCCUGGUUAAUAAUGAUACCGAGACAUUAUAUUAUACCACGUUCGAUCACUCGUAUGACCGUCAGCUUGUCCCUGCGCCUUUCAUCUUGGGAUCCGACAUUAGUGAGCGCCAGCAGACAGCGGGUUAUCUCACCAUCUUAACUUCGGGAGGUUCUGCUAACGGGACCAGCAACAACACCUUUUCGUACAUUGACACCAAGGGUAACACGUACGCUAGGGAUGUAGACGCUGCAUAUGACGUGAUUACCUAUGACGAACAGAGCGGGAGCCUUGCAACCACUUCCCUACCUACGUUCCCUUUGGUUUCCAACGCACAGUCCAUUCCCUGUGCAAGACUCCCAGGUGGACAGGGGAGUGUUUAACCCGUAGAUUAGUCAUAGCGAUAACAUCAUGAUACAUGUGAGAAGCUAUUUAUUUAACACAUGAUACAUGCAACGCCCGACAGGACCACCCUGAAGAGCAGUUAUUGGGGCGUGCCAGCACCCUCAUCGUCUUAAAUAACCCAUAUCCACAA